CGAGCUUCCUGGUCACAUUUUCUCGUAGGUCCUUAAUAAUGUUUGCUGCCACGCGCUCAACAGAAAGGGCACGGUUACAUUAGAAAGCUCACACACAGGCGGGCAGAAUGAAGAGGAGAAACAAAUUAUCUGACUGUAAAAGGCGGUCACACGGCUAGUGUGCUCGGAGCCUGAUAAGAAGAGCAACUACAGAUGCUAUUUACUCUGUGUUACGCCAAGGACGUAUGAGGAAGGCAAACACAGGCGUGACUGACAAGAGGAGGCGCAGGGUUUGGGGAACGUCCGUUUUAAAUCCUUCAGAGAUGUGAAUCAUGUCUUGACUGCAAAAAGAUUAGCUUAACUGCAGCAGCACGUCAGACAUAACAACAACAAUAAAUAAUAACAACACAGGCCUCCUCCGAUGGAGCUCGGUGCUCUUUAAUCCAACCAGAAACCUCCCUGACAGGCAGCGACGAGCUACGGCAAAGGGAAGCUUUAUUCGCGAUUGAAGGAAUUUAUGGGAUCACAAGUUUCCUCUGAUGAGAUGAGUGUGAGUGCUGGCCAGGGCAGUGAUGAGGUGCUGGUUUCACAGGCAGUGUGGGAUUACCUGACUGCAGCUGGGCGGCCCUGGCUCAUUGACUUCCAGCACAAGCAGGGGAUGAGUGCUGGUAUCAUUAGGCGAGGAGAGAGGGGGGGCUGCUGUGCUGUUCGGCUGCAGCCGGUGGAAGGCUCGAGGAGCGUUGGGGCUGGUGUGAUGGAUGGACCCAUCUCCAGCGAGACGCGAAAAGCUUUCAUUGACUUAUGCCGUUGUGCCCGCAAAGAAAUGAGCAAACAGGAGGGGGGAUCCAAGAGGAAGAGGGCUCUGCUGCCCUGUGUGGGAGUCCUGGAGCAGAACGGAGAGGGGAGCCUGCUCCAGCCUCCACCUCCCCAGCCUCGGCGCUCCCAGAGACAGCAGCAGAGGUUCAAGAAGCCUGUUGACGAGGAGGCGUGCGUCAUGCUCCACGAGGCUGCCCAGAGGAAAGACGUGGACUCCGGCAUGGCUUCCCACGGUGAAACCGAGGACAGUAAUACUUGCUCGAUCUGCAUGGGGGACAUAGUGGAGAAGACUACCCUGGAAAAAUGUGGCCAUUCUUUCUGUCGCUCUUGCCUGGAUCAAGCCUUUAAAGUGAAGAAAGCGUGUCCCGUCUGUCGGCUCGUGUAUGGGCAGCUGAUUGGGAAUCAGCCUGCCAAUGGCUCAAUGAUUGUAGAACGAGAUCCUGAUCUGGAGCUUCCUGGCCAUGAAGGCUAUGGGUGUAUCUGCAUCAUCUACAGCUUCCCUCCUGGCUUACAGUCGCCAGAACAUCCCAACCCGGGUGUGCGGUACCCAGGAACAGACCGUGUGGCCUACCUCCCUGACAGCCCUGAGGGGAACCGUGUGCUGGGCCUGCUACGCCGGGCCUUCGAACAGCGCCUUAUCUUCACCAUCGGUACCUCCAUGACUACGGGCAUGCAAAACGUCAUCACCUGGAAUGACAUUCACCACAAGACCUCAAUAUGGGGCGGGCCGCGCUGUUUCGGCUAUCCUGACCCCACGUACUUGGUGCGAGUGACAGAGGAGCUCAGAGAGAAGGGCAUCACAGCGGACUGAUGGCAGGAAAGUGACAGGCUCUUCCAGGAUUUUGUAGGACUUUCUGAUUGUCCUUGCGGUGGACAUGACUCAGCUCCAGGUUUUGCUCUUGAGACUGCCCGUCUCUUAAAAGAUGACUGAAGACAAAGACCUCAGCAAACAGGAGUCUAAUGCUGCAGCAGAGCCCAUAUCACUCCACUAGUUCACUUCCUCAGUUUGCUCAUUUUCAGUUUAUCCCAGUGCUACACGUGGAAGAAAAUACUUGGGAAUGCAGUGCAUCCUUGUAUUACAGCUUUCACUGUUGGCAGCAGGGACUGAUAUGUGACGCACAUAUUUAAGAGCAUUGUGAUUUGUUGGAAUUCAUGGUACUUAAAUAUUGUUUAGGAAAUCUUAAGUUUAAUGUUAAUGUUUAUGUUAUAUUAAUGUGUAUUUCUUCUCUGGGGAUCAUCUUAUUUCUUAUAUAAGCAGACAUAUUUUGUUGAAUUGCCCCCUGCCCCAGAAGUGUUUGUUGAGUUGUUACUAAUUCCACGUUAUAAGGACAGUACAUUGCUCAUGUGGCAAGAAUAGCACUGCUUCUAUAAACAGAAUUAAUUUUCUGAAGAUGUUGCAAUCUAAAGCACUCACAGGCACUUUGGUAAGGAAGUAUGUUUUUCACUUAAGUAGAAAUAAUGGUUUUUGCUUCCUCUUUUGAGAGUGCUCGGGGCAAACCCCUACAAAGUGGCUACAAGGUGAUGUCAAUUGCUUCAUUCGUGUGUCGUCUUCACCCUUGAUCCAUUUCGGCUUAAACAGGAAGAAUGUUAAAUGAUGUCUCAUAGCAGCACCUUUUUAACUUGCAUUUGGACUUCCCAGUGGGUUUUUCCCAUUGGUCACGCUGGUUAUUUCAAGAUGUCUCCCUAGUGUUGAACCCAUUACAUCAGUUGUAAGUAAUGUGCUACUCUGAUUACCAGAUUUAUGAAGAUGUCAAAUAUCAAGGGCAUAUAGACCAGUUAAACCAAAUCAUAGGCACAAAAGCUCUUUAAAUAUCCAUUCCUCUGUUCCUGUCAAACUGGGAGGUUUGCCUGCUAAUCUUCUCAUUUAAAAUGAGGUUUUCAAUUAAUUUAUCUAAAAAAGUACUCUAAAAUACACGGUGGAGAGAAGAAAAAAAGAAAUUGUUGCGAGAACAAUUAUUCUAAUUUAGGCUGGGAUAUUGAUCUCAUUUUGUUGUGCCUUUCUUACAUUGAUUUUUUGAUUUAAAAAAAAAAAAAAUCAAGCAUGAUGUUCCUGAUGGAUAGUACAUAAGUUUGGGCUUAUUUUGAUGUUAUUUAAUAGGUAAGCGGCAUUAUUUUUGUAGCUAUACUAUCUGGUUUUCAGUGCAAAUGCUACACAGCUCAUGACGAUAUGUAUACUAACGCUAAUAAUGUUAUUGGCCUCUCCAUAAACAUUCUUGUACUCCAAAUGCUGGAAAACCCCUCAGAACCGAUCAGUCUAUGUGUGAAAGUGAUUUGCUAAGUGCAGUAACUUGCUUGGCUAGCGGCCACUUUACAGUUUAUUUGGUCAGAUCCGUUCAUCAGAUACUUUCAUUUUGUUGUCAUUCCCUUUAUUUUAGUUAAGGGACCAACUGAGAUAUUUUUGGGACACAGGAUUGUAGUUUACUAAAGCUACUGUGCAAACAUUUCUAUGCAUUACACGACUAAGGAGGAGCCCGAGGAGAGGGGAUAAGUGGGAGAAAUGACAUGUAUUACACAUUGAUUGUGAAGGAAACGUUUGAGUUAUGCUUUUCUAAUUGUGUUGACUCUUGUACUUUGUUCAAAAUAAUGUGCUUUACAUUUUAAUACUUGAAUAAAGAGUUAUGUUUGGAUAUUCACUGUCGACCCUAAAUAAAAAAGAUGCGUCAUAGGCAA